AUGGAGAAGGGAAACCAAACCAGCAUCACGGAAUUCCUCCUCCUGGGACUGUCCAACUGGGCAGAGCAGUGGCAGCUCCUCUUCGUCCUGUUCCUCUGGUUGUACCUUCUCGGCGUUGUGGGGAGCCUGCUCAUUGUCCUGGCCAUCAGCUCUGACCCGCACCUGCACACCCCCAUGUACUUCUUCCUCACCAACCUCUCCCUAGCCGACAUCUGCUUCCUAUCCACCACGGUCCCCAAGAUGCUGGUCAACAUUCAGACCCACGAGAAAUCCAUAUCCUACGCUGGCUGCCUGACGCAAAUGUACUUCUUCAUUCUGUUUGGAGGUCUGGACCACUUUCUCCUCACUGGGAUGGCAUAUGACCGUUACGAGGCCAUAUGCCACCCCCUCCACUACACAACCAUCAUGAGCCCCCGGCUCUGUAGCCUGCUGGUUGCUGGAUCCUGGAUCUUCAGUUCCCUCCAUGCCCUCAUACACACCCUAUUAGUGCCUACGGUGAUGUCACCGGGAAACCAAACCGGCAUCUUGGAAUUCCUCCUCCUGGGACUGUCUGACCGGGCAGAGCAGCAGGAGCUGCUCUUCAUACUGUUUCUCUGGAUGUACCUGCUCGGGUUCCUGGGGAGCCUGUUCAUCAUCCUGGCUAUUGGCUCCGACCCGCACCUGCACACCCCCAUGUACUUCUUCCUCACCAACCUCUCCCUGGCCGACGUCUGUCUCCUGUCCACCACGGUCCCCAACAUGCUGGUCAACAUUCAGACCCACAGCAAAUCCAUAUCCUACGCAGGGUGCCUGGUGCAAAUAUAUUUCUUCAUUCUGUUCAUAAGCCUGGACCACUUUCUCCUCACCGGGAUGGCUUAUGACCGCUACGUGGCCAUAUGCCACCCACUCCACUACACCACCAUCAUGAGUCCAUGGCUCUGUGCCCUGAUGGUUUCUGGCUCUUGGAUCAUCAGCAGUCUCCAUGCUCUGACACAUACUUUACUGGUGCUUCGACUAUCCUUCUGUUCAGACAAUAAAAUCCAUCACUUCUUCUGUGAACCUACUCAGAUCAUAAAACUUUCCUGCACUGAUCCACUCAUCAAUGAAGUAUUGCUGUUUGUUCUUGGAGCUCUGUUAGGGCUAGGUCCCCUCACGGGCCUUCUGUUCUCUUACAAUCGUAUUUUCUCCACUAUUUUGAGAAUCCCAUCUGCCAGGGGAAGGUAUAAAGCUUUCUCCACCUGUGGCUCUCAUCUGUCCGUGGUCUCUUUGUUCUAUGGUACUACCAUCGGGGUCUACUUUGUCCCCCGGUCCCCCCACAUGGCCAGGAAAGAAUCUAUAGUGUCGGUGAUGUACUCGGUGGUGACCCCCAUGCUGAACCCUUUCAUCUACAGCCUGAGAAACAAGGACAUGAAAGUGGCCCUGAGAAAAUUCAUCAGUAAGAAAUCUGGCUUCUUCCAGAGACUGUAA